AUGCAUACAUUUAAUCGAUUGCGUUCAAAAAUUCAUCAUGAAUCUUCUCAUCCGUCGAGAACCACACCAGCGUCAUUAUCAACAAAAUUAACAACACAUUUCAUUCCUUCAGCAACUGCCGAUUCUGCUAAUACUACACCUACUCAAUCUAUUAGCAUCUCAGCACCUAUUAUUAAUUCGAAAGACAAGGUUAUAAUUAUCGACAAAGAUCAGACAAAUAAGAGUCGUAAUGAAGAGCAGAUAUCAGUUGUAGACGACGACAACAUCGAAGAACAACUAAUCUCAUCAGAAGAAACAGAAAAAAUGUCUGGUGAAUGUACACAUCUUGAUGAUCAGCCCGUAUCGUCCACAUCAACAUUAAGUAAUUCAUCAUCGUCAUCAAUACAGAAUAUCGAAGUCACGUCAAUAAUGGUAGGUGCUAGUACGCGCGAAGAAGUUUUAACAAAUUGUAAAGCAACAGCAAUGAUUUACAAUGAUGCACAAAAGAAAUGGAUACAUUGUGCAUCGAAUGGACCAGCGAAAAUUCAGAUCCUGUUUACACCAGACACACAAACAUAUCGUAUAGUGGGCCGGCAAAUUCAAGAUCACGAAGUUGUUCUAAAUCAUUUAAUAAACAAAGGGAUUAAAUAUAAUCAAGCAACACCUACGUUCCAUCAAUGGCGUGAUCAAUCAUCUGUUUAUGGUCUUAACUUUGCCUCGAAACUCGAUGCGCAAGAAUUUGGUACAACUAUGACGAAAAUUCUUGAAAGUGUCAAUGGCUCUACUAAUCUAUCUUCUCAUACCAAUACUAAUGGCGGAGUUACUCUUCCAUCGUCGACACAACAGAAUAAUAAUAACACAAACAGCACAUCGACAUAUAAACGUCAAACGAGCCAACCGUCUACAAUUUCUUUUCCUCCUACAGCAACCACAGUAUCCAUCAAUUCUACAUCUUCUCCUUCUGUUACUGUAUUCGAUCCAACACAACAACAACAACAACAUCCGCCACAUCCACAGCAGCAGCAACAGUUACACUCGUCAUCGUCUUACAAUAAUCAGUUGCGUCCGAGCUUGAACUCAAUAAAUUCGACAUUAACGGGCCCCAGUAAUAAUAAUAACAACAGCAACCACCACCACACUACGCAGCAUACCCAACAUCAACAACCACCUGAAGAAGAAGAAACAAAUUACGCACUUAUUUCCGAUUCGCUUUCAUCCUACGGUGAUAAUUUAAACAAUAAAAACAACAAUAUUCCACAAGCUCCACCUCUAAAUCUUUCCAUGUCUACCGGCAGUGCACCACCACCUGCUCCACCACCACCCCCACCAGCUGCCCCUCCUCCGCCCCCUCCAAUGCCAAGUAACUUGGGAGCUGGUCAACCUUCUGCACCUUCACUUGUCCUUCCAACUUCAAACGGAAGCAAUGGCACUAGUACACCACGCAAAUCGAGCACCACGGCACCACCGAUGGAUCUGAUGUCUGAGAUGGCAGCCAAAUUUGCUCAACGACGUAAACAGGUCGAUGAAGGAGAGAAACCAGAUUCAUCUAAUGUAACCAAUUCAGUUAAAGCAUCUUCGAAAACAGUGCCUACUUCAACUCUACCUCCAACACCAGUUGCACCAUUACAAACUUCACCACGCAUUAAUCGCAAAAUGAGCGAGUCGCAGACAGGUCCACACAUCACCGCUAACGAUUUGGAAAAGUUAAAAACUGAUAUCCUGACUGAAAUACGAAAGGAUAUCGAGAAGGCCAAACAAGAAAUUCUCACUGCUUUAGUCGAUCGUCAGAAAACGAUAAGAAAAUAA